GGUAUAAAAGCAGAGGAGGGUCGCUCACUCUUUCGUCCAGGACCUUUUUUUUGUUCCAGCGCAGCUCGUAGAAGACACCGACCGAAGAAGCAGCAUGGCCCCAAAGAAGCCCGAACCUAAGAAGGAGGCAGCUAAACCUGCGCCCGCUCCAGAGCCUGAGCCCCCCAAGGAACCCGAAUUCGACCCAAAGAGUGUCACCAUUGAAUUCAAUGCGGACCAGAUUGAAGAGUUCAAGGAGGCUUUCAUGCUGUUUGACAGGACGCCCACCGGAGAGAUGAAGAUCACCUACGCACAGUGUGGCGACGUCAUGAGGGCUCUGGGGCAGAACCCCACCAAUGCCGAGGUCCUUAAAGUGCUGGGCAAACCCAAACCAGAAGAUAUGAACACAAAGAUGUUGGACUUUGAGACGUUCCUCCCCAUGCUGCAACACAUCUCCAAGUCCAAGGACCAGGGCACCAUGGAGGACUUUGUGGAAGGCCUGCGUGUCUUUGACAAGGAAGGAAACGGCACGGUCAUGGGAGCUGAGCUGCGCCACGUCCUCGCCACUCUUGGGGAGAAGAUGAAAGAAGCUGAGGUUGAACAGUUAAUGGCGGGCCAGGAAGACGCCAAUGGCUGCGUUAACUAUGAAGCUUUCGUGAAGCACAUCAUGUCCGGCUGAAGCGUCCACACUAAAGCGCUUCCUUAGUGAUAAAAGAAACAACAGCCAGAAGAGAAGACAGACUCGACACCCGCCAUCACUCCCAUCUUCAGAAUUCUCACUGUCAAAACCCAAAGGUGCCAACAAGACCCUCUCGAGCUGCUCGCCGCUCCUUGUCUGCCUGUGUAAAAGACUCUUGUAUAAAGAGAGCGUUCAUUCAAAAUGUU